CUGUAAGCCAAACCGGGGCGGGCGGCUUGUACGGUUCCAGCUAACAACUACGAGUCAAACCAAAAACACUGGCAGGCUUUCUCCUCACGGAUCUUUACUUUCACCCCUGCAGAAAGCGAAGCGGGGGAAAAGAAAAAGGAAUUUAUUGAUCUAAAUGUCUCGGACUGAAAUCCCCCCCAGGACAGCUUUGGGUGACAAAGGAAUAUUUUUUCCCCUUCCUGCUGAUUGUGUGAUGUUUGUUUGAAAUUCACUAGCCUGGAUAUUUAAAUGAGGAUGACUGCACUCGCGAGGAAGGUGCAGCAGGUGCUCUGCGUCCUGCUGCCGUGCGCUCUCCAGCUUUGCUGCGCUCAGACACAGGGAGUGGUCAUUUGCACCGGCACCCAUAACGGCCUGAGCAUGACGAAAGACUCGGACAUCCAGUACAACCUGAUGAAGAAGAUAUACAGCGGCUGCAACAUUGUGAUGGGAAACAUUGAGGUCAACAUGAUGGAGCACACCCGAGACUUCAGCUUCCUGCAGUCUAUUAAGGAAGUGACAGGCUACAUUCUGUUUGCUUUGAAUGAGUUCAGUCGCCUCCCUCUCGACAACCUGCGUGUAAUCAGGGGCAACACUCUUUAUGAUGACCGCUACGCCCUAGCUGUGAUGAUCAACUACAAGAAAGACGGCCAACACGGCCUUCAGGAGCUAGGCCUAACAAAUCUCACAGAGAUACUAGAAGGAGGUGUCAAGAUCAUCCAGAACAAGUACCUGAGCUAUGCUCCCCAGGUGAACUGGCUCGACAUAGUGAAGGAUUCAUCAGCUGACAUCACGAUCGAAGGCAAUGGUCCAGAAAAACCUUGUAACGAAGCAUGUGGAGAUGUGCCUUGUUGGGGACCAGGAAGCAACUCUUGCCAGACCCUGACAAAAACUGUGUGUGCGCCUCAGUGUAACGGCCGAUGCUUCGGGAAAAACCCGAGCGAGUGUUGCCAUAUUGAAUGUGCUGGUGGCUGCAAGGGACCUCUGGAUACAGACUGCUUUGCUUGCAAGAACUUCAACAACUCGGGCUCAUGUGUGCCCCAGUGUCCCCAGACUCUGAUCUACAACAAGCAUACAUUCAAAAUGGAGCGCAAUCCCAAUGCCAAGUACCAGUACGGCUCUAUCUGUGUGGCCCAGUGCCCCACCAACUUUGUGGUGGAUGACAGUUCAUGUGUAAGCAACUGCCCAGCAGAUAAAAUGGAGGUGGAAAAAAAUGGAGUAAAACGAUGCGAGCCCUGUAGAGGUCUCUGCCCUAAAGUUUGUGAAGGCACAGGAAGUCAGGCCAGGCAAUCCGUUGAUGCACACAACAUUGAAAGUUUUAUAAACUGCACUAAAAUCCAAGGCAGUCUUCACUUUCUGGGAAUCGGGAUAGAGGGCGAUGAAUACAACAAGAUACCAGCCCUCGAUCCAGAAAAACUGAAAAUCUUUAGCACUGUGCAGGAGAUUACAGACAUCCUCAGUAUCCAGUCAUGGCCCAAAAACCUGUCUGACCUGUCAGUCUUUUCCAACCUGCAAACAAUACAAGGCAGAACACUUUACAAAGGAGCGAGGUCUGGAAGGGGCUUCUCGUUCCUCGUGAUGAGGAUCAAUUCUCUCACCUCCCUUGGGUUGCGCUCCCUGCAGAGGAUAAAUGAUGGUGGUAUCUACAUCACCGGAAACAAGAAGCUUUGCUACCACAACACUGUAAACUGGUCUCGCAUCUUGAGCACCAGUUCCCGUCCCCAGAGACGGCCAAAGGACCUCACCAUCAAGGACAACCGGCCACGGGAGGAGUGUGUUAAAGAGGGCAAUGUGUGUGACCCCUUGUGCUCCUCUGAUGGCUGCUGGGGUCCGGGGCCUGAUCAGUGUGUUUCCUGUAGAAAGUACAGCCGGGGAGGGAUAUGUGUACCAGACUGUAUGUUCCUAACUGGAGAGAGGAGGGAGUUUGCCACAAAGUCAGGCGAGUGUUUGCCAUGUCACCCUGACUGUAAGGUCCAGGAAGGAAUGGAGACAUGCAAGGGCCAGGGAGCAGAUCAGUGUGUAGCAUGUUCCAGCCUGCAGGAUGGUCCACACUGCGUGUCCUCAUGUCCUGAGGGUGUGAUGGGCGGAGAGGGAGUCAUCUUUAAAUAUGCCAACAAGCAAGGCCAUUGUGAGCCAUGCCACAUGAACUGCACCCAAGGAUGUACUGGCCCUGGAAUCGGGGACUGUGCAGGAAAUACUCCUCGAGGCCUGUCUGGACAAGCAGCCACCGGCAUCGCAUUGGGAGUAAUCGCCACACUCUUCACUUUAUUCUCCAUUUUUGUGCUGACUACUCUGUACCGCCGAGGCCUCGCCAUCCGUCGUAAGCGAGCCAUGAGGAGAUACAUGGAGAGCGAGGAAAGUUUUGAACCUUUGGAGGAGAAAGAGAAAGUCCAUGCCCGAAUCUUGAAGCCCUCGGAUCUGCGUAAGAUCAAACCGCUGGGUAAUGGAGCAUUUGGAACAGUCCACAAGGGCAUUUGGGUCCCUGAGGGAGACACAGUAAAGUUGCCUGUUGCCAUAAAGACGAUUUCUGAUCGCACUGGUCGACAAACUUUCUACAAUGUAACAGAUCACAUGAUCGCAAUCGGAAGCCUGAACCACAUCAACAUUAUGAGAACGUUGGGUUUUUGUCCCGGUGACAGUCUGCAACUCGUCACUCCACUCAGCAAUCAUGGCUCCCUGCUGGAGCACGUCAGGAACUACAAGAACAAGCUGAGCCCACAGAGGCUGCUCAACUGGUGUGUUCAGAUAGCAAAGGGAAUGAAUUACCUGGAGGAACACAGGAUUGUCCACAGAAACCUGGCUGCCAGAAAUGUUCUCCUCAAUAACAACUUCACUGCGCAGAUCGCAGAUUACGGCGUUGCCAACCUGCUCUACCCAGAUGACAAGAAAGGCUUUCAUGAUGAGGGCAAGACACCAAUCAUCAAGUGGAUGGCCUUGGAGAGCAUCUUGUUUCGCAGAUACACUCAUCAGAGUGAUGUGUGGAGUUAUGGUGUGACUGUUUGGGAGAUGAUGUCUCAUGGGAUAGAGCCAUAUUCCACAAUGUGUCCACAGGAGAUUCCUGAUCUGCUGGAAAAGGGCGAGCGUCUCUCUCAGCCUCACAUAUGCACCAUCGAUGUCUACAUGGUGAUGGUUAAGUGUUGGAUGAUUGAUGAGAACGUCCGUCCAACGUUUAAGGAGCUGGCUGGAGAAUUUACCAGGAUGGCAAGAGACCCACCUCGCUACCUGGUUAUCAAAGAGGACUGCAGCCAACACGAUUCAGCGCCUGAUGAAGUUGCCCAGCGGAGUGCAGACCUGGAUGAUCUGGAUGAUUUAGAUUUUGAAAUGGAGGACCUGGGAAUGCAUGCAAUGGCAGAUGGCGCGGCUCUAGCCCCACACCACCUGUCCAGGAGCCUGAGCCGUAUCUCCAGGACGGACACUCACAGAAUGGUGCUCAAUCCACCAACCGGGGCUGGAUAUCUGCCCAUGACCCCAGGCAUUGACAUUGGAGGACAGCAGUCCCGUUCCCGACUUAACUCUGCGCGCACCAUGUCCGAGAGCUCAGAAGGGUGCGGCACGGCGGUGGAGCUGGAGAUGAGUGAGGACUUUUCUUUGGCAGGGAGUCUGAAAAGAAGACGCCACCGAGAGGACAGUGCUUAUAUGUCACAGAGGGACAGCAUGUCUGGUGGGCCGCCGGAGACUCCUUCCCCUGAGAUAGAGGAAGAAGAUCACAACGGAUAUGUACUUCCUGGAGGAAGCCCAGAAAGAGAUCCUCUAAUGUACCCAGCUCGAGCCACCUCAGGCAGAAUGGGAAAGUCUUACUCAUUAGGCCUUCUGGAUGACUCAGGCGAUGAGGAAUAUGAGUACAUGAACAAGCAAACACCUGUUUCUCAGAGGCACAAACCCCACUUGCUGAGGUCGAGCAAGAGACGAACCUAUUCCUUAUCAUCACAAGCGACAACCUACUCCCAAGACACAACGUUUAGCAUAGAUGUCAGAGGAAGGCAAACAACGAGUAAGAACAAGCUUGAUUCAACCCAGCAGGGUUCCAAGGAGGUCCAGUAUGAAUAUAUGGACAUUAGAUGUAAUGACUGUGAGGAAGCCCCACCAGAGCACGCCCCCCCUAAACCUCCAAUUCUACCGAGGAUGAGAGGAGUGGCUAAAGAGGGAGAGGAGGAUGAAUACGUGGAGAGUGGCGACUAUCAACAACCAACACAGCAACAAACUGUGGCAGACAAUAAGGAGCCCUGCAGUGACAACAACGAGGCGGAUGAAUACGAGGACAUGGGCUGCUUUGCUGCUUCACCAACUGCAGAUGAUGCAGUCGUUUACCAGAACAUGCAGAGGGAGGGUGAGAGAGCAGUGGGAGGCACUGGCACUGGGUUUGAUCCCCAUGUUAGGGUGCGAAAUGGAGCUGGGGAACCUGCAGCUACUGAAAAGUCUUUUGACAAUCCAGGCUACUGGCACAGCAAGAUGUUCCUGAAGCCUAAUGUAAUGCCGACUUGAAGAACAUGUUGAUCUCACUCUUGGGACAAAUUCAUGAAGGACCUGUAAAAGGAAAAGCAUCCAAAAACCACAAAAUGUAGCUGUUGAUACAAGCUCAAAAAUUCAUAAAAACUUACAGUAAAGUGCACACACUUGAAUAAAAACUCAGAGACCAUAAAAAAGGUGUGAAGUUUUUUAAUGAUUUCUAUCGUUUCAAUGAGCUUAUAUUACAAACAUAUGGGCUUUCCAGUUUUUUAUAUUUUUUAAAGAAAAAAAUUAAUGUGUACAUAUAGAGACAAUGUUGCUAUUAAUAUAACUGCCCAGAUAUUGUCAGUUUCUCUGGGGAAACAACUAUACUGGAAGUGUUUUUGAUGACCUCCAAAUAUUAAGGAACUUUAUCAGAAUAAAGGCUGGGCUUGUCAUAACUUAAAUAAAUAUAAAAAUAUACCUUCAUAAUGCUAACUGGUUUAGCCAUGUGUAAAAAUGCUAAUAUCCACAUGUUCUUGCCUACCUCUCUAUAAUAGCAGGGAUGUGCAGUUAUGUCAACUGUGCAAAAAAGAUUUUUACAAUUUUGAAACAACAUAUUAGGAGAACGUUUCUCAUUAAAUAACACAAGUAAACAUGUUUUAUUUGUCCAUCAUUGUCAAAAAUGGGCUUCUGUACAUUUUUCCUCAUUAUGUUUUAGGCUUAUGAUUUUGGGCAUUCCAUGAAUUAAAAGCACUGAGUUUUAAAACACUUACAAAAGUGAACAGAUUACAAGCUACAUUUUACUGUUUACAUUUUGAAAAAAAUGAAAUGUUUUUUGAUGACAAUCAAUGCAUGUCAAUAUAUACUUUAAGACCUUAGUGGGUGUUUAUAUAUGAAAUGCAUUUUGUACACAAUAAAAUUAUUAAAAUGUU